AUGUCUCAAUUAACACUUUAUACCGACAGCCGGUUCCCUUGUCCCCAGCGACUACAAUUGGUAAUUCUCGAGCUGGGCCUCAACAUCACCAACAUUCAUGAGGUGGACAUUAUCAAGCGUGAGCAGCAGAAGCCGGAGUUCCUCGAAAUCAACCUUUUCGGCGCUGUCCCGUGCCUCCAGGACCACUCGCAUGAUCCAGUUCUUGUUCUGACCGAGUCACGCGCUAUUGCUCGAUAUCUCGCUGAUCGAUAUGGCGGACCGGACAAUAAACUCAUACCCGAUGGUCAAGUUGCAAAGGCCAAGUUUGAAGAGGCUGCAUCUAUCGAAUUGACCUCUUUCGAUGCUGUUGCGAACCCACUGGCCUUUGAAGCCUACUUUAAGUCGCAAUUCAUGAAGCAAGAGCCCAAUGAACAGGUCGUCAGGGAUCUUAAAAAGAAACUUGAACGAGUUCUGAGACUCCUUGACCAAAAGCUCAGCACACAGCCUUUCAUGGCUGGCGAGACUGUGACACUGGUCGACUUUUUCUACGUCCCGUAUAUGCACUACCUGCAAGAUGGAGUUUGGCCUACCCUUCUAGAGGCUCACACAAAUCUACUUACUUGGUGGAACCGGAUGAAAGGCCGAGCUUCUUACCGACAAAUUUAUGUGGAUGGAAACAGCGGGAUUGACGAUGUUUAG